AUGGCCGGAGAAGAUGAAAUAGUGAAGGAAUUGCUUCUACAUGGUGCCGACCCAUCAGUUCCUCUAUAUGGCUACCUGAAACCGUCUAUCUUGGAAGCCCUUGUGAGAGGCCACAAUGCCGUUGUUGAUGUCCUACUGGCAGACCCCCGGACCGACCACAACGUACGUUUUUACGAUAAGAUGGAUAUCCAUGGAACCCAGACUGCCCUCCAAGAAGCAGCAAAAAGGGGAAACGCGCACAUGGUUCGAUCUCUGCUCGAGCAAGGCGCCUCCACACGACCUAAUGUGGAGACCACUAUGCACAGCGCAGUCAUCAACUACAGCCCUGAGAUAGUGUAG